CUUCUUUUACGCCAUCAGUAUUCUUUUACCCCCACGCCGGUUAUCACGUCGUAUAUGGAUCGGCAAUACAAACCACAGCCUACUUCCUUACAUGUUUUCUCCGGUGUAUUUGGCUCUGUAUAGUUAUUGUUAUAGUAGAUUGCCGUUGUAUGACUCCUAAUCCAGCUGCCGUACCGUUCAUCAUCAACGACUGUAUUCUGCACCUUCAUCAGAUAGCACGGUCGUAACUCGGACUAAUUAAGAAUGAGAAAGUACUGUAGGAUAGGCUAAGGUAUUACGCGACCGUAUGAGGACUUAUAUUAGGGCUGAAAGCCGUAGCAAAAUGAUUUCUAAGGUGAUCAAUCACACUGACUUAUUUUGUAACCUUCCUCCCAACGCGAACACUUUAAACCGUAGUCUAUAGGAACUACGCUUGCAUGUACUACUCGACACAAUGCGUCCUCCGGUAGCACAGCAGACGGUCGCAGCCGAUGCAUCUCGAUCCAGUAGUUUAAUGGCUGCAAAUCCUACCACAUCCACGAAGCAGCAUGACAUUCUAGUCACCCCUCCUCGUGUCCGGAUAUCACUCGGAACUAGGAUAUGGUCGCGUCUACGCACAUACGUAACCACGGUGGUCGAUGAAACUGUCCAGAACCGUAUUGACGCACGGUUCGAGAAACACGAAGAGUGGCUUGCCGCACGCCUUGACAAUAUACUUGAGAGCCGGAACAAGGCCGAUCAUCGUAACAGGCGAGACAUAUACGAGGCUGCAUGGCGCGAUGCAGCAAGCUCGAGUGCGCGGUUCGUCAACGAGAACUUUCCCGAUGCGAUGCCUUACUACGACAAAUACGAGACUCUGCGACAUGCUCUCGAUGAGGCCCCGAAAGAGGGCAUGGCCCUUGAAUUUGGGGUCUAUCAAGGCUCCACUCUCCGGAAAAUUGCGGCCAGGCGGUCUGGUGGAGUCUACGGGUUCGACUCCUUUGAAGGUCUUCCAGAGGCUUGGCGUUGGGUGAUCCGUCCCGGGGCCUUUGCCGUCGAAGCCCCACCUGAGGUGCCCGGCGCCGAAUUAGUGGUCGGAUGGUUCGACAAGACCUUAGCGCCCUUCCUUGCUGAGCAUCCCGGACCCAUCGCCCUGCUCCACAUCGACAGCGACCUAUACUCCUCAGCAGUGACUGUAUUAGAGCACUGUGGACCACGUCUAGUGGCCGGGUCAAUUGUAAUAUUCGACGAAUAUUUUAACUUCCCGGGUUGGGAACACGACGAACAUCGUGCGUGGCAAGAAUAUGUCAAUCGUACCGGGACGCGCUUCAGUUGGCUUGCUUAUACUGCUGACAACGAGCAGGUAGUGGUCCGGAUAGAUGACCCAGGAACUAGGCCCUGAUAUCUGAGGUUUAGGAAAAGAACUUGGCCUGCCCGCCACUUAUAACAAUGAAUGAAUUGGUGGAUAUAACCUUCAGUUGAGGAUAGGAGUUAAUGCCCGAAUUAUACGCGGAAUCAUGAAGCCAACUUAAGAUUAAGUGCCUAACUACCUUAUGAAUACCUAAACUAAAGUCUAGAAAGAUUAAUUCGAGACUUAACUAGUAAUAUACGCACCAGUUUAUCUCACCUAGGUAGAUAUUCGUAUUAUUUAGUUGAUGUCUAGUGGCCUUGCUCGACACCUAUAUAAUAGCUUAGCUGAUUUAGGUGUUACUACCUAGGGUCAACUACUUGAUAAUUUAUAAC